CACUCAAGAACAUAACACACAAACAUGGCGACGCGGCAGCCGCACAAGAUGCCGUUCCGUGCACUUUUUACGAUAUUUUUAUUACAUGCCGUAGUUCCCGGUUGUUUUUCUACACUUCGGCUACACAAAGACGAGCGUUUUAUUCUGCCACAAAACAGGGGUUUUUCUUGGGUGAACGCAGAUGAACAGCAUCUAGGAAUGGGUACCGAGGCUCCGAAGCAAGCGUUCCAAGGAUCGAGAGAGCGUAGAGCGGCAUCGCAAAUGUACCAGCACCGUAACCGCCGUAGUGAUUCAGACUUACCGCCGCUCAAGGUGUAUGGAAAGGCGGAGCUGCAGGACUCCCACAAUCAGAUGGUGGUGCACUGGGCCGGGGAGAAGAGCAACGUCAUUGUGGCGCUGGCCCGGGACCGGAGUGGAGCUCUGGGAUCCAGGAGCAGCUCCGUCUAUGUGUCCUACAACUACGGGGCCUCCUUUGAAUCCAUCGCCAGCCAGUUCCAGCUCUCCGGAGAGAAAGCGGGGAACAAGGAGCUCAUCGCCCAGUUCUACCACAGCCCUGCCGACAACAAGAGGUAUCUCUUUGCGGACACCAAUAACAGCUAUGUGUGGAGCACGCUUGAUUUCUGCAAGACCGUCCAGGGCUUUUCAGUCCCUUUCAAACCCAUGGACCUGCUGCUGCACAGCACAAAGCCAAACCUGGUACUGGGCUAUGACAGCUCUCACCCCAAUAAACAGCUGUGGAAAUCGGACGAUUUUGGCGAGACGUGGGUGCUCAUUCAGGAACACGUCAGAUCCUACUGCUGGGGCGUGGAGCCGUACGACCCUCCCACUACGGUCAUGGUGCAGAGGCAGGAGCCCCUGGGCGUGUCCAGCGUACUCAGCAGCACCGACUUCUUCCAGAGCGAGCAGAACCGCCGACUCAUCCUGGAGCACGUGGACAGCUUCCAGCUCCGGGACAAGUACAUGUUCGCCACCACCACCAGGACUCUGCUGGGGAGCCAAGAACCCUCUACCGUCCAGCUGUGGGUCUCCUACAACCGCCAGCCAAUGAGAGCUGCCCAGAUCAUGACUCGCCACCCAAUCACUGAGUACUACAUCGCCGAUGCCUCUGAGGAUCAGGUCUUUGUGUGCGUGAACCAUGCAAACAACAUCACACACCUGUACAUCUCUGACACGGAGGGCCUUGCCUUCUCACUGUCCCUGGAGAACGUGCUGUACUUCACCCCUGAGGGCACUGGGAGCAACACUCUGAUAAGGUACUUUGCGAACGAGCCGUUUGCAGACCUGCAUCGCGUGGAGGGUCUUCGGGGGGUCUACAUCGCCACGCUGGUCAACGGUACUCUGGGCGAAGAGAACAUGCGCUCUGUCAUCACAUUCGACAAGGGAGGCACCUGGGAGCUGCUGCAGCCCCCAACUACGGACAGCCUGGGGGGCAAGCUGGACUGCCAGCUCUCACAGGGCUGCUCUCUGCACCUGGCUCAGCGCUGGAGCCAGCUACUCAACGUGCAGCUGCGCAGAGCAACCAUCCUCUCCAAGGAGUCUGCUCCCGGACUCAUCAUGGCAACAGGGUCCGUUGGGCGCAGUCUGGCCAACAAGCCCAACGUGUACGUGUCGAGCAGUGGGGGAGUGCGGUGGAAAGAGGCCCUGGCCGGCCCUCACUUCUACUCCUGGGGAGACCAUGGAGGCAUCCUGAUGGCCAUCAUGCAGGGCAUGCCCACCAAGACACUCAAGUUCAGCACUAACGAGGGGGAGACGUGGUCGGAGUUCGCCUUCUCCACCAGCGAAGUGUACGUGUACCAGCUGCUGACGGAGCCGGGGGAGAAGAGCACCGUCUUCACCAUCUUCGGCUCGUACGCCUUCCAGGACCACAGCUGGCUCAUCCUGCAGGUUAACACCAGCAGAGCCCUGGGGGUCCCGUGCACAGAGAGAGACUACAAGCCGUGGUCUCCGUCCGACGAGCGAGGGAACGCCUGCCUGCUGGGCCGCCAGGUGGUGUACAAGCGCCGCACGCCCCACGCCACCUGCUUCAACGGCGAGGACUUCGACCGGCCCCUCACCGUGUCCAACUGCUCCUGCACCCGCCAGGACUACGAGUGCGACUACGGCUUCAGGCCGAGCGAGGACCUGUCCCUGGAGGUGUGUGUUCCCGACCCCGAGUUUUCCGGAAGGCUCAACGCUCCGCCCGUGCCCUGCCCCGUGGGCACCACGUACCUCCGCAGCAAAGGGUACAGGAAAGUGUCGGGGGACAGCUGCUCUGGAGGAGACGUAGAGGCCCGGCUGAACGGAGAGAUGCUGCCAUGUCCUAUAGGAGAGAGUAACGAGUUCAUCCUGUACGCCGUGCGGAGCUCCAUCCACCGCUUCGACCUGUCCACCGGCACCGACCAGGUGCUGCCCCUCACGGGGCUGCGCGAAGCCAUCGCCCUCGACUUCGACUACGACCGGAACUGCCUGUACUGGGCCGACAUCGCCCUGGAUACCAUACAGAGGCUGUGUCUGAACGGGAGCUCGGGGCAGGAGAUCAUCGUGCGCCAGGGCCUGCAGAACGUGGAGGCGCUCACCUUUGACCCCAUCAGCAGGCUGCUGUACUGGGUGGAUGCAGGCUCUCAGAAAAUAGAGGUGGCCAGUCCGGAUGGAGAUCUGCGACGCACCCUGAUUAACUCCAGUGUGCUGGAGCACCCCAGAGCCCUGGUUCUGAUGCCUGCAGAGAGUCUGAUGUUCUGGACAGACUGGGGCGAGCGGGCGGCCGGCGUGUACCGCAGCUGGAUGGACGGCUCCAACGCCUCCUGCAUCGUGUCGGAGGGGGUGCACUGGCCGAACGGCAUCGCGGUGGACGAGCGGUGGCUGUACUGGACCGAGGCGUUCGGCGACCGCAUCGAGAGGGCCGACUUCCACGGCCAGCAGCGCAGUGUGCUGAUAGAGGGCCUGCCCCACCCCUACGCCAUCGCCGUCUUCAAGAAUGACAUCUACUGGGAUGACUGGUCUAGGAUGGGAAUAUUCAAGGCCCCAAAAUCUGGCAGCUCGGACGGUGAACAGCUGGUGGGCCGGCUGUCUGGAGUCAUGGACCUCAAAAUCUUCUACAAGGGCAAAGCCAGAGGGCACAACGGCUGCGCGGACCAGCCCUGCAGCCUGCUCUGCCUGCCCCAGCCGGGCCACGGGCACACCUGCGUGUGCCCGGACGGCGUGCCCAGCACCCUGCUGCCCUCCGGCCAGGUGCAGUGCCAGUGUCCCAGCGGGUACCAGCUGCACAACGGCACCUGUGUGAAGACGGAGCACACCUGCCUGCCCAACCAGUACCGCUGCUCCAACGGCAAGUGCAUCAGCAGCAUCUGGAAGUGCGACAGCGACAACGACUGCGGAGACAUGAGCGAUGAGGAGGAGUGCCCCACCACCACAUGUGACCCCGCUGUGCAGUUCCGCUGUGUGACCUCAGGCUCCUGCAUCCCACUGGCCUUCAAGUGUGACCACGAGGACGACUGUGGGGACAACAGCGACGAGGAGCACUGCGAGAGCCACCGCUGCGGGCCGGGAGAGUUCACGUGCGCUCGAGGCGUGUGCAUCCGUGACGCCUGGCGCUGCGACGGGGACAACGACUGCAGAGACUGGUCAGACGAGGCCAACUGCACUGUGGGGCAGCACACCUGUGAGGCGGGCAGUUUCCAGUGCCACACAGGCCACUGCAUUCCACAGCGAUGGGUCUGUGACGGAGAUGACGACUGCCGGGACGGCUCUGACGAAGAGCCCGCCAACUGUGGAGGGAAGCAGUGCAAUGGCUUCCUGUGCGCGAACGGCACCUGCCUGCCCUCCAGCGCUCACUGCAAUGGCGUGGAGGACUGCCCAGGGGGCGCCGAUGAGCAGCACUGCGACCCCCUCUGCACGCGGUACAUGGAGUUUGUGUGUCGGAACCGAGCUCAGUGCCUUUUCCAGUCUCUGGUGUGCGACGGCAUCCGUCACUGCGCUGAUGGGUCCGACGAGGACGCGACCUACGCUGGCUGCUCCUCGGGUACAGAGUUUGAGAACACCUGCAGCCCAUACUCUUUCCAGUGUGAGAACGGCUUAUGUGUGAGCCUGGAGUGGAAGUGUGAUCGCAUGGACGACUGCGGAGACUACUCCGACGAGGCCAACUGCGGCUCUCCCACAGAAGAGCCCGGCUGCUCGCACUACUUCCAGUUUGCGUGCCAGAACGGGCGCUGCGUACCCACCUGGUGGAGGUGCGAUCAGGAGAACGACUGUGGGGACUGGUCGGACGAGGUCAACUGCACAGGUGGAGACGCGCCCCACACCGCAGCCCCGGGCCCCGCCACCUGCUCCCCCAACCACUUCCGGUGCGGCUCCGGAGCCUGCAUCAUCGACUCCUGGGUGUGCGACGGCUACGCGGACUGCCCCGACGCGGCCGACGAAGUGGGCUGCCCCACAGGCUCAAACGACACGGUGAGGCCCACCACCCCUCCUGUGCGCCCGCAGCCCCCGGGCAGCUGCAGCAGGGGGCAGUACCGCUGCCGCCGCCCCCCCACCUGCAUCCCCGACUGGCAGCGCUGCGACGGACGCGCUGACUGCACCGACCGGUCUGACGAGACCGACUGCCCGACCCGCGGGCCCCUGUCCUGUGUGAACGGGACUCUGUGCACCGACAGGGAGGCCUGUGUGACGGACAGCGAAAAAUGCGACGGCUUCAUCGACUGCUCCGACCGCAGCGACGAGGAAAACUGCUCCGCCGACUCCCAGGUCUUCAAGGUCCAGAACCUGCAGUGGAGUGCCGAGUUCUCCGGCGCCGUCACCCUCACCUGGUCCCGGCCCAAAAACCUGCCCCCCUCCUCCUGCUCCUACCUGGUGUACUACAGGCUUGUGGGGUCUCAGACCUGGACUUCUGUAGAGACUCACAGCAAUAAGAGCAGCUACAGAUUGACGGUGCUGAAGCCGGACUCCACCUACCAGGUGAAGGUGCAGGUGCAGUGCCUGAGCAAACUGCACAAGACCAAUGAGUACCUGUCCCUGCACACGCCGGAGGGAUUGCCUGACCCGCCCACACAUCUUCAGCUGUCCUCUGACAGGGGGGAAGACGGCACGGUGGUCUGUUCCUGGAGCCCCCCCGACAACGCGCACGGCCUAAUACGGGAAUACAUAGUGGAGUACAGCGAGAGUGGAAGUGCAGAGUGGUCAUCCCAGAGCAGCAGCAGCAACAGCACCGAGGUGAAGAAUCUGCAGCCCAGCGCCCUCUACAGUUUCAGAGUGGCAGCUGUGACUAGCCGAGGUGUGGGAAACUGGACAGAUGCCAUAUCCAUCACUCCUCAGAAAGCUCUGCAGCCCCCCACUGUGGCCGUGGAUGGAAUUACUGAGGACUCCAUAAGUCUAACUUUCAGCGUCAAUUCCCAGUAUAAGGUGGAGCAGUACGUGGCGCUGCUGUCCUGGUUGUUUGAUGAGCACAUGAAGGAGAGCAGGAACAUGACCGUUACAGGAACGACUCUGACAGUGGCUAACCUGACGGCUGGGACAGCCUAUGAGCUGGCGGUGUGGGCCCACACCAAUGUGGGAGACAGCCCCGCUGUGCUGUCCCGCCUGGAGACGAAGGGCACCCAGCCGGCCCCGCCCAUCCUCAAGGCCCGCCCACUCAACCAGAGCGCUGUCAACUGCAGCUGGACUGGCCCGCAAGCGGUGGAGUAUGGUGUGUUCUUCUCCACCUCCUUCCUGGAGCUGCACCGGAACCCUCACAGCCAGAAGAGCAGCAGCAGCAGCCUGAUCGUCACCGUGGACAGUGAUGAGCAGUACCUCUUCUUGGUGCGGGUGACCUCUCCCUACCUGGGCCCUCCCUCUGCGCACGCCAUGGUGAAGAUGAUCCCGAACGGCAGGCUGCCCCCGCGUAACCUGCACAGAGUGAAGGUGGAGAAGACCCAGGCCACGCUCAAAUGGCAGCCCCCGUACGACUCUCCCAGCACCCCGCUGGAGUACGCCAUUCACCUGAAGGACAUCGUACGCAAGACAGAGGCCAACUACAAGCUGAGCACACGGAACAACACGGUGGAGUACACCCUGAAGGGCCUGGAGCCCGGCGGUCGCUACAGCAUUACCGUACGCCUGCGCAACAUGAGCAAGGAGGCCAGCUACACCCUCAACACCGUUCCCCUGGCUGCUCCGGAGGCGCUGAAGAUCCUGACGGAGAGGGAUCACGUCUUCCUCCUGUGGAAGAGUCUGGCAGUGAGGGAGAAGAGCUUUAACGAGAGCCGGGGCUACGAGGUCCACGUCUACGACAGCGUGACCAACGCCAGCACGUGCCUGGGGAACACCACGGAGACCUUCUUCAAGAUCAGCAGCCUGCUGGCGGGGCACAACUACACCUUCUCCGUGCGGGCGCGCUGCCUGCUCAGCGGCCAGCUGUGCGGAGAGCCCGCCGUCCUGCUGUUCGACAGCCUGGGAGCAGUGCCGGGCAGUAAAGGCGCGUCUCAGGGUGGAAAGUCUGGCGACAUGGCGGCGGUGGUGGUGCCCGUGCUGUUCGUGCUGCUGCUGGGUCUGUGCGCGGGAUUCGCGGUUCUGUACUUCAGACACCGCCGCCUGCAGCACAGCUUCUUCGCCUUCACCAACAGCCACUACAACUCCCGCCUGGGCUCGGCCAUUUUCUCCGGGGACGAGCUGGGUGACGACGAGGACGACGACCCCUUGAUCAACGGAUUCUCCGACGACGUUCCCAUGGUGUUAGCGUAGGGCGGGCAGAGCGGCCUUUCCGCCCCCCCUCCUUCUCUGCCCCGCCCAAACCUCCGCCCCUCAUCCCCCCCCCCCCAUACUGGCUCUCUCCCUCCUCCCUCCUUCCUGCCCUUCCUCCUUCCUCUCUGAUCCAGGGUGUGCGGUGACUGGCAGCCGCCGCCCAGAAGAGCCAGACGCACGAGGGUUCAGGAACCCGGGACGAAAAAGAGAACGAAAAGAAAGAGAUAUUUUUUUGAAAUACGUACGAUGCACUUUUUUUCGAAGGCGCAAUAACUUAUUUUUUUAUAUGUACUAUGCGUAUACGCGCGGGGGAAAGGACUUAGCGGACAGCUACUGAAGCUGGGCCGGCCCGACUGUGAAGGAAACGGAUUUACUCCCCCCCGUGGGCGUUUGUGGACUGGCGCGAGGGAGACCGCGAGAGAGAGAGAGAGAGAGAGAGAGAGAGAGAGAGACUGCCCAGCUGGGCCGCAGGUUUCUCCCCAGGUCCACUCCCCCGUAAAGCAAAAACGAACACCCGUCAACCCGUACAGCCAGCGCAAAAACACACGUGCACAACGACAGCGUAAACGCAACAAAAAAAAAAGCUAAUUUCUGUGAAGGGAAGCGGACAUUUUGGCUCUUGAUAGCGUGAACUGCACAGGAUUAGUGUCACUCAAGUAGGACACCGACUCCAUGCUGCUGGAAACUACAGACACGAGGCCUGGAAACUUCUAGAAUCGGUGGUACGAACAGGCCUUGCUCUUAGAAUGGUACGUGUUGUUAAUCUGAAGCAAAUAACAAAAAAUGCACCGAAGCAGCAUGAGCACCUCGCUAGGCGGAAUCUUCUAGAGAAUCUGCUUUCCCCCUGCCUGAGCAGCGGUGCCGGUUUAAGUGCAGACGUGGAGUUCAGAGGAACUGUCACAGGCCGAGCUUCAAAAGAAUCCCCCGUUCGCGGACGACGCUCCGCGCCAGCGUGCCCCCCUCGGUAAAUUUAGCCCCGCUCCUUAAAGGAGAGGCACGAGGCAGACAAUGUGCCUGAAGUUUGGCAGGGCGUGUGACGCGAGCCCUCUCCCGACGCUGGAGUGCGCUCGAGGGCAGGCUAACCGGUCUGAGAGCGCGCGCCGCGGCCAGCGCGCACCGCGGGAGGACCGCCCGCCCGCCAGAUCAGCGGCGUCAGCGGGGCGUUUGAUUUGGCUGCUCCGACCGAAAAGCCGUCCCAGUGCCGCUUCAGAUUUCUGUGAGAGGGAAAGGUGACGCUGACGGCCGGGGAGAGGAGCGCCGGUGCUUCACCGAGCCGGGUUCAUCAGGCGAGGCGUUCGCGUUCAGGCUGCCUGCUCCUGCCCUCUCACACACGGGAUAUGCUGCAUCGUGCUGUAAAUAGAACAGUCCUAAGGACAGGAGUGUGAAUCCCUGCAAUCGGAUGGUGUGCCGGCGUAAUAAAAUGGCGGCGGGGCGUUCUCAUCACCUUUCACACAGAAACUGGAGCUGCGCCAAUCGGUGAGUGUGUUGGUGACGACGAACGGAACAACGGCGACAGUGAUUGGUGAAUACUUCCCGGCUGUGCCUCAGGGACAGUCAUCCACCAAUCACCGUCGGCGCUGUGCUGUUCCUUGUCACCGGCGUGCUCUUUGAUUGGCGGGUUCUGUGAGAGCGGGGAUAGCAGCCGUGUCCCAUGCCAGGUUUUGUUCUCCCCGACCGUGUGAGCGCAGCUCGGGAGUUCAGGUGGCAGUGAACCUGUGCAGUCCUGCCUAAAGCCAGGAGCCAGAAGCAUUAAUGUGUGUGAAUGUGCCAAGUUUGCAGGAAACGAAGGAAAAUAAAGCAAAGGAACUGCUGUUUCUGUGAGCCCUCCUCCCCGCCACCCCCAGCCUCUCUGUUGCUCUGAUCGAAUGAAGCUGUGUAUAUGUUUAUUAUGUCGAAGAGCCAUUGUAACUGGAUUUGGGGAUUUGUUUCUUGUUCUGUUUUGUUUUGUUUCUAAGGAUCGCUUUAUGAAUGUAUUUUAUAAAUGUGUGAUUCGGCUUUGAGGCGAUGCGGGAACAGAUCACGCCGCAGUCCUUGUUGCGUUCAGGAACAGCCGCCCGUUGCGCCCCGUCCCCGACUGAAAUCUGUGAGGCGCGAUCCGUGGGUCGGCGGGACGCGGUGUCUGGGGCGUUCUCAGGAGGCCCCACACGGUGUCCUUCACCCGUCCACGAGGCGUGGGGUCAGCCUCCCGCACCCACGGGAGCGCUGCCACGCUAGCCGCACCCUACCCCCGCCCGCUUUUAGUCAGGGCCUCGCCAUUUACCCCCCCUUCCCCCUUGCCCGCGGUUGGCCUGGUAACCAUCAGGGCGGCCACGCCCCAUCGCUCUCUCCGCCGCCGUCACUGCGGGACUGCUCUCCGCACGUUCCUCUCGUGACGCUUUUUAGGGUACGUGUGUUCGUCCUGUCAGAAUCAUAGUGAUUAAUGAUGGUAAUAAUGGUGUCUUUUCAAUGUGAUUUUUAUGUUUCUGUUCUGUUUUUUUAACCACUUAUGCCUUAUGAAAGCGCACUGAGUUUGUAUGUAUUCACACACUGACACACUCACAUACACAAGGAAAUACCUACAGUAAGAGGACUGGUCUGAGGACAGAAUUAUAUUUCGGUGGAAACCGUUUGCUAUGUUAGUGGCCCAUCUACUGGUAUGAUGCUUAGCUGGGCUGCAUGGUGUCUGUUUUUUGUAACGUUUCUGUUGUCCUCAAUUCCAUUCCAUGACGACACGGUACAAACCCCACCAGUUUCAUGUCACCUUAGUAACUGUUUCCAUUUCUGUACAUUCUCUAACGAAUUUCACGUUUUUUGUUCUGUGUCAGUUUUAACCGAAUGUACUUGAUGUGAAUGAUUCAUUACUUUUUUUCCCCCUAUAUUUUGUUUCUGUAAAAUUGGAUGCUGAACUGUUUUUAUUGCACAAAAUGUGAUUGGGGCACCGCCAUAUUUUGAAAUUGUUGAAAUCGCCUUGCUCACAAGGGCGAUUUAAGGGAAUACAAGUUAACGUUUCAGGAGAGGUACAGUUACGGUGUAUUUUACAGACGGCUUGUUCUGAAAUAAACUUGAAUUUGUUUGAAA